UCUCUCCCUGCAGAUAGCCGCUCAGCAGCAACACAGACCACAACCAUGUACAAGCUGGUGGUGUUGUCCGCUCUGUUCGCCGCCGCCGCCGCCAGGCCCAGCGUGGGCCACGGCGCCGCCGGCCUGGCCUACGCCGCCCACGGCCUGGCCUACGCCGCCCCCGCCCUGGCCUACGCCGCCCCCAUCACCGGCACGGCCAUCACCAAGAACGUGCACUACGCCGCCACGCCCGUGGUCACCGGCUACUCGUCCACCGUGGUGAAGCCCAACCUGGGCGCCCUGGCCACUCCCGCCGAGAUCGUCUCCAAGCAGGCGGUCGUCGCCCCCGCGCGCUCCGUCGCCACCAUCACGCCCCAGGUGACGCAGGUCGAGCCCGAGGUCACCGUGCAGAAGGUGGCAGUCGACGUGCCGGUGCCGACCCCCGUCGUCAGCGAGGUCGAGGUCCGCGCCCCCGCCGUCUCCUACGCCGCCCCCGCCGUCUCCUACGCCGCCCCCGCUAUCUCCUACGGCGCCCACGCCAUCUCCUACGGCGCCCCUGCCGUGCACCUGAAGACCCUGGCCGCCGCCCCCGCUAUCUCCUACGGCGCCCACGCCAUCUCCUACGGCGCCCCCACCCUCUCCUACGCCGCCCCCGCCGUCUCUUACGGCGCCCCCGCCGUGCACGUCAAGACCCUGGCGGCGGAGACCGUCUGGUAGAGAGACGCCUCCGACCAAGUGGACCUCGCAAUAAUUUAAACUCGAAGAAAAUUUAAAAAAAAAGAAACCGUCUUUCGCUUCCGCGACGCCGUGUGUAUCAUGCGGCGUCGCAUGCGACUACUCAUCCUGUUAUAUAUAUAAAGUAUCCUGCGGCGAAAAUAAAUGUUUAUUUCCUAA